AUGAGAACACGCAUGGCUGAUGAUGCAUCUGAGCCAACAUUAUGUUGUAAAAUUGUAAUGAUAGGAAAUUCAGGUGUAGGAAAAACAAGUCUAUCACUCCGCUGGAUCAAUGGCGAGUUUAACAAGACAAUGGAACCGACAAUUGGUGCAAACCACAUGACAAAACGUAUCUCAGUUGAAGGGCAAGAUGUAAACAUAUUCAUGUGGGAUACAGCUGGUCAAGAACAAUUCAAGUCACUCGCUCCAAUAUACACUCGAUCUGCAGCUGCUGUAGUUCUAGUUGUGUCAACGACUGAUAUGGAAUCCGUAAACUCUAUAGAUUAUUGGGUUAACGUUAUUUGUGAAACUAAUGAUGUGAUUCCUCCUUUCAUUUUGGCAAUUAACAAAAAUGAUUUACGAAAGCCAGAUCCAGCAAUGGAAUCAUAUAUAAAUUCAAAAAUUAAUAAGUUCGAAGGCAUCUUUUUUGUUUCUGCACUUACAGGUGAAGAAAUUGAUAACUUAUUUUUGGGAGCAGCUUCAGCUGGAUAUCAUUUCGUCGUAAAUCAUGCAAAUCACCAUGUAACUGCAACGUUUCAAAAUUCCAAACAAGUUCAAUGCUGUUGA